UUAGAUCUUCAAAAUAAUUAUUUGGCUGGCAAUUAGCGUCCCUGCAGCCGCGAAGGCUGCGUCAUGUCAAGGCUUUCAAAACAACACGUGCGUACUUUUUGACAAAAGUCCAGUUCAUUUUUCUACUUUCUUUAUUCAGUGGAGUCGAAGCUAUUUUGUGGAAAGAUGGCAACAAAACCUGUGCUCUGGAGUUAUUUCCGCAGCUCGUGCUCAUGGCGAGUUCGCAUUGCGUUGGCGCUGAAAGGCAUUGAGUACGAUCAAAAGCACGUGAACUUGAUCCGCGAUGGUGGAGAGCAGCACAAAGACGAUUAUGUGAAACUCAACCCUCAGCAGCAGGUACCGUCCAUUGAGAUCGAUGGUGUAACGUUGAGCCAAAGCAUUGCGAUUCUGGAAUACCUUGAAGAGACGCGGCCACAGGUACCCAUAUUGCCAAAGGGUGCUGUUGAGCGUGCCAGGGUCCGUCAUGUGGUGGAGUGCAUCAACAGUGGCAUUCAGCCAAUCCAGAACCUAUCCAUUCUGCAGUACGUAGGCAGUGAGAAGAAAGCCGAGUGGGGCAAGCACUGGAUUACGGUGGGCUUUGUAGCUCUGGAAGCUCUGCUGCAGCGCUACUCGGGCAAGUACAGCGUGGGCGAUGAGAUCACGGUGGCUGACCUCUGUCUUGUCCCUCAGGUGUAUAAUGCCAAUCGUUUCAAGGUUGACAUGGAAGCAUUCCCUGCCAUUCAACGUGUACACAGUGCACUGGAGUGCCAAGAUGCUUUCGUCGCUGCUCACCCGAAGAACCAGCCCGACUGCCCAGAGGAUCUGAGAUAGGUGACGUGUUGCACUCUGCCUUCCCUUCCCCUAACUUUGUGCGCGCGUGCAUGCCUGUGUGUGUGUGUGUGUGUGUGUGUGUGUGUGUGUGUGUAUGUGUGUAUGAUUGUGUUCGCCGAUCUGUUUGUCUUUGGUCUGCCGGUGUGCAUGUUCUUUCCUACGCUCUCACCUAUUGCUCUCCUACCCACCAGUCUCACAUGCCUGGAUAUUUUUCUUCCCUCCGCGGUUGUUUGGGAUGUCCUAGCCUGGCUUGUCAACUAACUACUACUAGGAGUAGCCAGUUUCACGCCUAUCCAUUGAGGAGGGCGCAGUAUACAGAUGUUAUCAUUGCGAUUCUUUAGUGUAAUAUUCAGUUUAUAGCUUUAUAUACCACACGCACUGUCAUGUACUAGCGGUUACGUUCAUACAUGAUCACACGUUGAAGUAUUUUUGGGAUAGAA